CCUGAAUCACAUACUGUUGAUUCUUUUGGUGAAUAUGAUUCUUUUGUUGAGUCACCAGUUUCAACCACUCAGGUUUCUCAUAAUAUGGGAUAUGAUCGUAGGAGUGUGAACAGGAAGCUCUGGAGUUACGAAAAUGAAGUGGAUGUAUCUCUCAGGGAUGGUUUGUUCUCUGAGGUAACUGGGGGUAUUCCUAUCUAUGACCCACGUUCUGAGCAUCAUGAACUUACUGGUAAUGGAGAAGAAAACACAGUUGAAUUUUCAGGGUUCUUGCAGAGAAGUCCUAGAAAUGGACCUCUGAGAAGUACCACUCCCAGUCCUCAGAGGUCACGAUGUCACAUCAACGUUGAUGACAUUGACAUCUUCACUACUCCAAGGAAGCUAAUUCACUCACUUCACGUUGAUGACAUUAACAUCUUCACUACUCUAAGAAAGCUAAUUCACUCACUUCAGGACCCUAAUAUUGUUAAGUCAGACUUCUCUGAAAAACAAACAAGGAGGUUCAGAAGUCCAUCCUCUGGAAGAUUCCAAUCCUGCCCAUCCCCAAGGCAAAAUGGUUUUCAACAUGACCUGAUGCAUGAGGUUAACGGGAAGGAAAGUUUAUGUAAUAAUGGCGAGCAAUAUGAAGGUGUCUCUGAAUCUGUAUCAUCAACAGAUAGUCCUGCUGAUGGUAAUCUGCAAGAGUCUCUUGAGGUAGUUCCCGUUAUUAAAACUGAAAUUCUGGAGUCUAGCAACAAGAUCAGCCGUCAGAAUAAAAGUUCUAAAAUGCGUUUGGUGCUCUUUUCCAUUCUACUUGUAGUUCUCAUGGCACUAAUAUGUAGUGAUGGUUGGGAUGAAAGAGAUUAUCUUGUUCUAACAAGAAACUCAUUUUGUUAGUUUGUUCAUGGAAUUAAUAUAAGUUUUUUUCUUUUUGUACAUUAAAUAAUAGGACAUAUAAUAAAAGAUAACUCUAUUC